CCAUAUGUUUUUUUGCUUUGAAAAAUAUCAGUUUACCUUUUGGAUCUCACAAGUUCAUCAUGCUUGCAGGUUUAAGUGGUCAAUGGUAAAUAAAAUCACCAGCAGUGUGGAAUGUUUCUUAGAAUAAGGGUAUUAAAGUUUAAUCCAUCGAAUGAAGGUGUUUUGGCGCCUGUAAGAUCAUCUCGUAUGAAGAAAAUUGAUACAUGACGACAAUGGGACAUCCCAGGGCUUGCAGUAACGUAACAUUUGUGAUUAUUGCAUUGGCAUUUGUGUUGACAACAAGAACAUCUAAUUGCAAUGACUUUGUCGAGGGUGAAGCCGGUAAAACAAGUAGUGCUAACGUGCUUGGAGAUAAUCAGACUAAAUUGACCAAUGGAAUUGAUCAUCAGAAGAAUAUCACUCUUCAUAAAAUUGAUAAAGUUGAACAGGGCAAGAUAACGAAGGUUAAUAAUAAGGAAAAUGAAAAACCAACAAAUGGUGGACUUCCUAAAGAGAGGGAGAACAAGAAUUUAACGAAUAUUACUAUGGAUCCAACGGUUAUUCCGUUGGCUCAUAUACCGUCACUGAAUCCAGGGGCUCUGAAGCGAGCUUUCUACGUUUUCGCGGGUCUCAGUGUUAUAGUCCUAGCUUAUUUAAUGAUCCGAAGUUUUGGGUUCAAAAAAAAUCCAGCACAAAUGGUACGUAAAUACGGGGUUCUUGCGCACAAACAAGACAUUGAGAUGCGUCCACUACCACUAGAUGAAGACGACGAAGAUGACACGACAGUUUUCGACAUUAGUGGUCUUUCCCCACAAAGAUCUCAGCAUCAGGCAUUAUAAAAACGAAAAAAAAUAACUAGGCAGUGAAUUCGUAAAACGCGACAAGUCAAUCAGUCCAAUAUUUCCCAUACUUCUAAAUAGAAAUUAAUAUCAAUAAUAAUUAAAUUUCAGUUAAAAGUUUUGAAAAAUAUUUUUGUCGGCCCAUUUUUCCUUUUGAAAAGAAAGUUUUUACAUUUUUCUCUCAUAAUCUUUCAGAUUAUUGUCAGGAGAUAAAAGACUUUAUGGAAAUUAUUUCCAUUUUAUCGGAGAUGCGUUCGUAAUUAAUUAAAAAUUAUCUAAUUAAUUGAUUGAACAUGGGAAAUGGUACUUUUGCUUUUUACUAUUCACCUGCGUAAAUAAAUCAACCAAAAACAAACGAAAAGUGAAAAUGAAACAAUCAGUGGUCCCACGAGAUUUUUUUACCCAUUUCAUGAAGCUUCGAUUAUUUCAUAGCAUUUUCUCAAGCCUUAAAUGUGAUAUUAAGAAAAUCAUAUAAUUAACUCAAUCCAACUCCAAUGAUUUUGAUUGGUGAAUUUACUUAUUACGUGUAUAAUAUUUCCAACGAAAAAAAAAACUAUCUUUGUUGUACGCUUAUUGAAUAUAAAUCGUUUAUAUUUCA